UUAAAAGGGUGCAUGUCAUCUCUCUAUGCGCUGGGUCCUCUCGCAGAGCAGCUGCUCACAGCACAUUCUCCUCGGCAGGAACACUUACUUUCCCUAAACCGCCUGCUGUGUUUGAUCUUUCUCUCUCUCCGUCUCUCUUUCUCUCUCUGUCGCACUCCCUUUCUUUCUUUGGCAAAACAUUCAUAGUCAUACACAGAAACAGUCUACUGGUUGGGGACAGGAGGAUACUGACUGUGUGCAGUAACAGGUAGACACAGCAUCUCUCUCCUGGCUGAACGGAGGGGAGAGAAGAGGAACUGGCUGCUGGCAUCUUUAUGUGUGAAGUAAACUGUGAGGGAAGAGGAAGAGGAGGAGGACAAAAAGGAGAAGAAGAGGGGGAGAGGGUCUCAGUCUCUUCAUCCCCCAAUGCUCCACUUGACACCAUGCUGCUCUGUGUGGGUUUGGUCCUCAGGGGAAAAUCCUUAAAAUGAUGGAAGACAACAAGCAGCUGGCUCAGAGGAUCGAUGGGGCCAUCCAGUCUGCCAGUCAGGAGGUGACCAACCUGCGCUCAGAGCUGUCGGCCACCAGCCGUAGACUGGCAGAGCUGGGGGCCAGCAGCCCCCCCUCGCCCCUGGAGAACAACCACCAGCAUCACCAGCACAACCACCAUGACAGCCUCCGCUACCAGGAUCACAGGCAGAAGUCGGUGGUGAGCGAGAUCUGUUACCAGACAGAGAUCUCCAGCCUCAUGGACUUUGGCACCCCAGACUCCUCGCUCGACAAAGUGUUGCUGCGUGAGGAGGUGGCUCAGCUGCAGGAGGAGGUGCACCUGUUGAGGCAGAUGAAGGACAUGUUGAGUAAGGACCUGGAGGAGACCCAGGGCUGCUCCUCUCACCUCCUUUCAGCCACUGAGCUCCGUGUGCAGCUGGGAGACAAGGAGCAGGAGCUGGACCGUGCCAAGGAGGCCUUACAAGCUAUGAAGUCUGACCGUAAGCGUCUGAAGGUGGAGAAGGCCGACUUGGUGAACCAGAUGCAGCAGCUGUACACCACACUGGAGAGCCGGGAGGAGCAGCUCCGAGACUUCAUACGCAACUACGACCAGCACCGUAAGGAGAGUGAGGAUGCUGUGAAGGCCCUGGCUAAGGAGAAGGACCUGCUGGAGAGGGAGAAAUGGGAUCUGAGGAGGCAGACCAAAGAAGCUACAGAGCAGGCCUGCAUCCUGCGUUCUCACAUGGACAUGAAGGAGAACCGCAUCAAAGAGCUCGAGGCUGAGCUCACAAUGGCGAAACAGUCCCUGGCCACGUUGACUAAGGAUGUGCCGAAACGCCACUCCCUGGCCAUGCCCUCAGAGCCGGUGGUGAACGGCAGUCAGGAGUGGGCGAUGCAGGGAGACUUGCCCCUCACCGCUGCCAUCCGCCAGAGCCAACAGACCCUCUACCACGGACACACUGUGGACCGCCAGGCGGUGGUCAGGGUCAGUCCCUGUCACUCCCGCCAGCCCUCCAUCAUCUCGGACGCGUCGGCGGCUGACGGGGAUCGGUCGUCCACCCCAAGCGACAUCAACUCCCCCCGCCACCGGACCCACUCCCUCUGCAAUUCUAUGGAGGACCUGGAGGACCAGAAGCGUAAGACAAAGAAGAAGGAGAAGAUGAGUCUGGGCUCCCUGUCCCGGGUGUUUGCUCGGGGAAAGCAGCGCAAGUCAAUGGACCCGGGCCUGUUUGAUGGUACAUCCACCCCUGAUUAUUACAUAGAGGAGGAUGCCGACUGGUGAUGGUGUAUGUGGAUUUCUGUGUGGGUCUGGUUGUGUGCAUGCAGGUGUGUUUGUGAGUGUGUGUGUGUGUGUGUGUGUGCGUGCGCGCGCGUGCAUCCAUGUGUGUCUGUCUGUCUG